AUGAUUGAAGAAAACGGAGUGGAACCGUUGAAAAUGAUUAUUGAAACUAGUCAAAAUUCUAGCAUUGAACGAAAUCUAUUAACUGUUGUACAUAAACAUUUUUUGGAUCAACGACCAAUAACAUGGCGCCCAGUUAAGGCUGAAUUAAUUGUUAAUACAGAAUUGACUGAUGAUUUUCUCGGUCACAGCAAAUGUGGUGUUUACGUAUGCAAAUAUGCCGAUGUUUGUAUACGACAAGCGAGUGUCAGACGAACAUGGGAAGGAAGUAUUACAAUCAAAAUGAUUGUAUUUAAAAUUGUUGAAGGAAAACAAACCGCAGCAUUAGUCAGAAAAGGACCAAAACUUCAACCAAUAGCACCGACACCACAGUUUACAAGUCAUUGUUCGGUUAUAACACCAAAAGACACUGAUGAUCUUGAAAAACAGUUUGAUCAAUCACAAAUAUUUUUAUAUGAAUUCGAUGGAAAAGAUACAGUAAAACGACCACAUCAUGUUUUGCCUUAUGCAAUUAUUAGUCUCGUACAGGAUGGAACGCAAUGGCCAACAAGUUUCGACAGUGUCGAUUUUGAACCAGAUAUAUUAGAAACAGAUACAUUACGUGUGAUUGCACAAACAGAUGAUCAAUUAAUUAAAUUAAAAAUGAAAGAGAACUCGAACUUGGCCGAAGCAGCUACGCGAGCACUUGAACGAACAUACGAUGAUAUUGUUGUUAAACCAAUAAAAACAGAAUCAACAUCGAACACACCAUCUUCUAAUGGUUUGAUAGCACCAAAUAACAACAAUGGAUUAACUAUGUCAGUGUCAAACGAUAAUUUAUCACCAACAUCCACUCCAUCAAAUAUCGCAUUAACGAAUACAGUUACAUCGGCGAACAGUACAAUUCCUUUACAAUCUGCAGUAACAACAAAUGGUUUAUCGACAACAACAUCGACAACACAAUUGACCAGUACAUCUACGACGGCUAAUAAUAUAACUAAAACUUCAGCAUCUGCAGUAACAUUACCGACAAUAGCACUUCCAACCGCAGCAACAUCUGCUUACCAUCGACCAACAAGCCUGUUAGGUGCUUUACCUACAGCAGCAGCUGUUCGACCAGCAGUAUACGCAACAGCAGCAAAUCUGAACACCGCUGCAUUAGGUAGUCAAAUUGUAUAUGGUGGUGUACCAUUAGAAGCAUUGCGUUAUCAAACAAGUCCAUACGCAUUUGCAACUCAUGCGGGACAAGCAGUCCAACAGCCUACUCUUUAUGCACAAAUACCAGCGGGUGCCCCAGGUACAUCACAGUUAACUCAAAUGGCGACAGGAAUGGCCCAAGCAUCCGUACCUGGUAUUCCACCUGGUUAUAUGCUCGUACGGACGGCAAAUGGGGGAUUAGCCUUACUUGGUUCCCAACAACUACAACAACAGCAAGCACAAACAGCCCUUGCAACACAAAGUCGAUUACCACUUACUUUCGGUGCUGGUGGAUUACAAUACGGUCAACAACAAGUUGUUUAUCAAUAUGCAGCACAACCGACUGUUCAAGCUUCACCAACACAAUAUAUUCAACUACCCUCACAAUAUGCUCAUCAACAACGACUUGCGGCGAGUCCCGUUAGUACAGUGGCUGUAUCUCAGUCGACACAGCAGUCACAGCACGGAGUAACAACUACUCCACAGUAUCCAGCAACUUCACAAACUCAGUAUAUCGGUACAGCUUCACAACCCACGGUGGGACAGUCAUCAACUACUUCAACGUCCGUAUCUGCAGCAAAUCCGCAGGCACAAAGUCAGCAACAGUCUCCUCAACAAAAACAGACAGCAAAUUCUCAAUCGCAGCAACAACAACUAUUGACGUAUGCUGUUCAGGCUCAACAGCAACAACCACAACAACAAAUUAGUUUUCUAACACAAUCACAAGUCCAAGCCUAUGCAGCUCAACAAGCCUAUCAACAACAAUUACAAUCGGCCGUAUCUCUUGGUCAACAGCAAAUGUAUUAUACUGGAACAUCGUCAGCAGGUGGUAUUUAUCAAGCGAAUGGCCAGAGUUAUGUGAUAGCUCAAGCGCCCACAGCAGCUGGAAGCGCUGGAACCGCAAUGUAUGGUUAUACGACGAUUGGAGCACAAAUGCAACAAAAUUCAGCAACAGGCAAUGGAGGUUUGACGGCUUUACAAGCAGCAACAGCUUUACAAAAUAAUGCCGCUGCUUAUUCGGCAGCUCUAUCGGCCAACGCUCUCAAUGCAGCUUCUCAACAACAACAACAAACUCAACAACCACAAUAUGCGGCGUAUCAGAUUAGUCCAUAUGGAACUGCUGGAAAUCAAACAUAUCAGGUAGUGGAUUAUCCGGGCUAUCGGAUGGCAGCAACACAACCAACAGCAGCCGCUUAUCAAACGACGGGUAUCGUAGCACAACAACAAGCACAAUUAGUUCAACGGACAAAUGUUUUACCACAAGUGAGACAUCAUCCAUAUCAAAUAAACAGAAACUAAAACUAUUUUGUGUUUUGGAUUUAUUCAAAUAUUGAAACAGUUUUUUUUCAUCUGUCUUGACUCAUCUGAAUGCGUGCAGCAGGUCGCAAGUUUUUUUAUUUGCUACGACAAAGAAACUUAGUCUAAGUGAUUUUGUUUCACAUCAAACACAUGGUUCUUUUCACAGAAUUUUUGAACCAUUUGUUUGCAGUCUUAACGCAUUUCUUUAUCUGAAUGUUAUCCCACAUAAACAUUCACCGUACGCUUUUAGUGUCUCAUUCCAUCUUGUUCUUGCUCCUUCUUUUUCUGAACACUCGGUGAAUAUCCCUUUCAUCCUUUUUUUCAUAAAGCAGAUCUUUUAGUUUCCCGUCAUACCCACCAAAUUUCUGCCAUUUCUGCUACACAAAGUUUCUAUUUUAUUAUUUAUCUUGUACAAAUAUAUAAUUUUUUUUUUUUGCACAGUGGUAUUUUGUGUUGUGUGUAACUGAUGAAAAUAGCGAACGGCCGCGAAUAUAAGGUUGCAUGUUUUUGUGAACUCGUUUUCUUGAUGGAGAGCAAUUUAUCAAAUGUGUUUUUUUACUAUUGAUAAACACGUUUCAUUUUGCUCACAUGUGAAUGAACUUUUCGCUUUUCUUAUUGUCCGUUGUUUAUUUUGUUUUGUCUAUCUAUCAGUGUUAUCACUUGUGGUGUGUGUGUGUGUUUCGUUUGUUUAUUUGAUACUUAUACACAUAAUUGCAUAUAAAGAGAAAUGCGAAAAAUGAAAAUGAAAAUGUAAUGAACAAGUACGUUUUAUUUACAAGUACAAAAAUAUGGAUGGAGAAAAGCUCGAAAAAAAGAAAAGAUUGAAAAGGAUCUGUUGUAUUUAUGGAAAGGUGAAGUUGUUUAAUCACGUGAAAAAGCGUAUAAAACAAAAAUAUUUUAGAUAAGCUCGAAACCAACGAGGGAACCUCCCCAGGUUGCAAACCGCUUUCGGGCUAAAACCUAGUGAGUUAUAGGUUAUCAACUAUGCUGAUUCCGAAUAUAACAAUCAUUUUGGCCGAUAGAUCUUCAGAUAUCGGAUUUCUGGAAAACCAGUUUUUCAAAACUCCUGAAAAAUAAACAAAACCUUUGUUAAUGAGGCAGGAUUGUAGCCCGCGCAUUUCUGAUUAAAAUGAGACCCCUCCCAGUUCUACACGAUCUUUCUUUGCAAAGUU